GCAGGAAAGCAAGGGCGACCGAAAGGAUUAACUCCCUUUCCGUGGGCAUUUCAGGAAGAACAAGAACAGCCGCGGUUUAGGCUCCUGAUGUUCCUGCCAAGUUUCUCCAGAGACCAUAUGGAGGGAUCUGCCCCACGCUUCUCCCGAGGACCGCAGGAAGAUGUCACUGACUUCAGAGCCCUCCGCGCAAAAUUUCAGAACGACACUAAGUUUUCCAAGCAGCUGGUGCAGCCGCCCAAGAAGCUGGUGCUACCACCCAUGGAAGCCAUGCACAAGCUGGACUCUGAGAUUAAGGAUGCUUCCAAUUCUCUGUCCUUGAAUGGGACAGAAAUGAUAAUAUUAAAAAGCAAGAAUGAACCUUUCCCUCCUGCUCUUCAACCCUCAGCACUAGUCCAGGGCAAACCUUUGGUGCAGCCAAGAGCCAGGCUUGGUAACAUGGAUCCAAGGGGGAGAAAUGAAGAGCAGAAAGGCAACAUCGUGGAGAAAGAAGUGAACUCCUCCGAGAGCAGUUCGCAGAAGCCUCGACUGCCCGAUUGCGCUGACCAGCAAGAAUCAGCCCGAACAGAUCCGGAGGCUGCUCCAUCCCAAAGCUCCUUCCACUAUGCCCUACAGAUGUGGGAAAACACUUUAGCCCGGAGUGAGAAAGCUGGUGCAACACUCCCAACCCAACGGAGAGCGAAUGUUUGCGUGCAGCCACACCUGGAGCUGAGGGCGACGGGUGCUCAGGCUGCGCCGGACAGCGGCAGGAUGAGAACGGCUCGAAGUGAGCAAGCGCUGGAUUUCCCUGCGCGGCAGAAGGAUGCUCUGCCUGGCGGUGAGCUGGCCACUUCCCAGGCUCUGACUUUGCCCCGUCUACCCAGAAGGUACAGGAGCUCUGACCAGCUAGCUGUCGAAAGCACUCCUGCAACUAGCUCCUGCCAGCCAGGUUAUGAUGUGCAGCUCCCUCAACACCAGAAAGAGCCGGAGCCUCCCUCCCGUGAAUCCGGAGCAGGAAAAGCACGCGGUGCUCCGCGCAGCAAGCUGCCGAAAAUGAAACCACUUCCUCCAGCCGAAUCCCUCGGUCCUGCCCCCGCGAAGCCUGCGAGACCCCCGAAAGUCGAUCUCGGUGCUUUCCAAAGCACGGUGCCUCCUCUCCACAGAGGAAAGGAAAAAGCUGCCGCGGAGGAGGAGUACUUGACUCCUGAAAGUGCCGAACUUGAAGAGCAGCAUAAUUAUGAAGACACAGCGUUGUACCUGAAUCAGCCUGGGGACUCCACAGCCUUGUGUGCCGGUCAAGGCACUUUCCAAGCACCUGAGUCAGAGCCUCAAGAGCGCUACAAGAAGCAGAGAAAUAUUCUCGUUGCCAAAUCCAGUCCUGGAAGAACUGUAGAGGAUGAAAAUGAUGAAAAAACAAGUCUUGAAAGAGAGAAACAGCAAGCAAAGAAAAUAUUCAAGACAGGCAGAAAUGAGUACAUGACUUACAGAGCCCAACCCAAGGAGGAUGGUAGAGGUGGGAAGAAGGUGCUGCAAGUGAAGCAAGGAGAUGUGACUAGCGCCCAGACUAUGAAGCAUCCUACCCUGCAAGGGCUGGUGAAAGAUGGAGCAGAACGCUUGUGCUACGUGCAUGUAGGUGCUCCAAAAACAGCUGAAGAAAGAACAGCCUUGAGCCAAAUCACUGGGCAGCCUCUGCAGUCAUCAGAGGAUGUGUAUGACGAUGUCGAGGGAUUGCAAAGCAGACUCCAUCCUUCAGAGGCCUCACGUUUGUUGGCUCCAGACAACAACUGCAUUUCAGGAGACUAUGAAGAAACAUAUGAAGAUGUUGAGACUACGGGUGAUAAUCCAACAAAAGUGGAGGCAGAAAAGCAAAAGAGAUUUGGAAACAUGUUUAAGAUAGAAAAAUUUAAACUGAAGAAUACCAGAUUCAAGGAAAACUUAAGGUUGUCUUCCAGUUUGGUACCAAAUUUAGCCGCCGUCUCACAGGAGGACGCGUACGACGACGUCGAGGCAGGGCAGGCGGAGCUGAGAGAGAAGGAGGACAGAUACAGGAACUGGAAGCCAAAAUUUCUGAUGUCAAAAGAGGAUAAGGACCGAAGGAAAAGCAGCGAAGAUGUGGAAAGAAGUAUCUACAAAGGCAACAAGUGCGGCGCAGACAAAAGCAAGAAGAUGGUGAAAGAAGAGAAGUUGUUCAGAGAAACCUUUAUGUACAACAAGGAGAUCAGCGUCAUCAACACCGCAGUGGCGCAGCGCUCGGUCCCGAGUAAGCGGUGGGUUGAUCUGCCCGUCACAGCUGGGGAGCAGCUGGACGUUAUCGAUACCACGGAAGGCAACGAGGUGAUUUGCCGCAAUGCAGAGGGCAGAUAUGGGUAUGUUCUAGUGGAGCAUUUGAACUUCAGACACUGCUAACUGUCCCGAGCGUGGUGUCCUCCCAUGGAGCGUCCCUGGAGAGCCGCCUGGAGCGUCGCGUGUCCGCGGGAGCCUGUUUGCCAACAACGGAGAGCUCAUGGGAAUGUAAAUAAAGUUUUAUUUUUUACACUUACGCUGUUAAA